GGCUGAGCGCUCGACCAACAAAAUUCGAGAAGUGCUCAGCGAGAACAUUUUCCCAUUCAAUUUUCCGUGCGCUGUCGUUUCGCAAGUGAAAAAUCAAGAAAAAUUCAUCAAGAAAAACUAUUACAGAUAUAUUUGCAAGACAAUUGCAUAAAGCAAGUGAAAAAUAAAUCGUUGCAUACUUUAAGGAGUUAAAAGUUGUGUACUGAAUGUGAAGCUAAUUGCAACGCAUUAAAAGCAAUUUGCAGCAUGGAAAAACUUUUCAAGGACCUUCAAAAGUGAAAGAGCCUCUUUGCGUAGGUGUAUCUAUAUCUACACUCUGUACGUGUGUGAGUCUGUGUGUGUGUGUGUGUACCUGCCUCAAGUGCAAUUAUAAAUGGCGUAAUUUGCUGCGGCGGCCGUGGAAUGAAAAUAGUUGUGGCAAGUGAAACGCAAUUGGAGGCGAUUGCAAACGUGGCAAUUUCAAGUGAAACGUCGACGAACAACAACAGCAACAAUAAUAAGACGAAGGCUCGCCGCAACAGCGAGUGCCGCAGCAGCCAACGUGCAACAUGGAUGAAUGCGACAACCUCGUCGUCGUCACAUUAAGCGCCGCACACGAGGAGCACAACUCACUGCAAGCCGAACACUCUGAGAUACAGCACAAAGAAAACGCCGAGAUCGAUGCGAUAGACGAGCAACUGAAGCAGCAACGAGAAACUCAAGCAGAACAGCAACAAGAAGUUGCAACAGUCGAGGACGAAGACGAAGACGCAGCAGUUGACGCGGAAGUCGAGGCAGUCAUUAUGGGCCAAGCGGAGAGCAAGAAGCACGGCGCCAAGCGUCGCAACAAUGGCAAUGGCAACAAUCCAGGCCAGCAGCUGGAAUCCAGCGACCAACAGCAGCAGCAACAGCAACAGCAGCAACUACAGACCAAAGGCACCGCCAUGUCCUUUGGCUUUCGCAAGAAGCUCAACGGUACGCCCAAGAAGUUCAAGAAACUCCUCGAGGCAGCCAACAACCAUCAUCACGGCAAUAGCAACACCAACAACACAGCGUCCACAGUGGCCACAGACACAAAGGACGACAACGGCAAUGCAAUGCCGACAGCUACCGCUCCCGCUCCGCCCGUGCAGUUCGAGAAAGUGGGCGUCGCCGGGGCCCAGAAGACAGCAACGAAUCGCACAGGUGCGGCGGCUGGCAAACGUUUCGGAUAUCGUGGCGCCGUGCCACGCCCCGCCUCAGCUGGCUUAGCGAGCAACUUCAGCGGCAGCGAAGAUGUGGUGGAGACGGCAGCCAAUGCCCAGAAUAACAACGCCACCAACAACAACAACAACACUGGCAGCAACAACACAAACAACAACGGGAAUAGCAACAGCAAUGUGGCUGGCACUGGCAAUGUGCUGGUGAGCAAUCUGAAGCGACGUUCGAAGAGCGCACACGCGGGUCGCAGCGGGGAUGGAGAGCCCAAAAUAGCACAGCCCAAGACGCUGACGUUCAAUCUGAACCAGAACACAACGAUUGAGUAUCAGCGACGUCAGUUCUUUGGCGAGUUUGCGGAUGAGGCAAGUGCCACAGCCACAGGUUCAACAAAUGCGGCUGCCACGUCACGGCGCUACAACUACAACAAUCUGGCCAACAUGCAUGCGAAUGUCAUCGUUCGUCCCACACCGCGAGCUGCGCCCCCAAGCUUUGCCAAGUUCACGCUGCAAACGGUGAGUUUGCCACGUCCCGAGUAUCCGGUGGCCAUCAGUCUGACCGCCACCACGCCCACUACGCCCAGCAGCAGCAGCGUGCAAUCGCCACACACCGGAGCCAGAGCCAAAGAUGUCUCCUCACGUCCGCAUCCCUUGACCUCGAUCCAUGUUCAACCCACAGCGGGCAGGCAACUGGAUCAGAAGAGCGUCAAGCAGCUGACGAACAGCACAACGCGAAGAGGAUUCUCCGGCAGUCGCGAGAUUAGCGCGGACUCAGGCAUUGCCAGCAUGGAUAUGGCCGUCGACUCCGCCAGCAGCUCGGGAUCGGGUUGCAGUGGCAGCAGCUCCAAGCGUAGUCGAAGUCGUCCACGGAAUCUGCAGAUGGUCAUGAGUGGACGACACACGUUCGAGGUGCGCGACAUGGAUGAUCCGCCCUCCAGUGAAUCCAACUCUUAUGUGGAGCCCUUGGCUUUACCCAAGUUACCCACGGACAACAAUCAGACGACCCCUUUGCCUCUCAUUGGCUUGGUACGCUCCAAUACGGUCCUGAGUCGCGAGAGCUACGAGCGACGUCAGACAACAUCAGCUUCCGGACAGCCUCAGGCUUCAGCUCAGGUGAUCUUGCAGACCCCAGAGACUCCUCCUAAGCCCAAGGCAACUGGCUCCGAUGACAGCGAGAGCGUGGAUGAGGAGAAAUUGUAUCUGGACUCGUCCACCUCCGAGAAGAGUGCCAAACAGCUGAGUCACAGUCAGUCGUCGUCGAUGUCGUGGCGCUGCCAGGCGGGCGAAUCUCUGGCUGCCAGGGAUUGCAGCAGCAUGAGCAUCUCCAGCACCAACAAUAAUAGCAACAGCGACACUCAGGCACCCGACAAAGCCAAUGAGAAGGACGAGGACAUGUCGCUGGCUCUGGAUGACAUCAGUUUGAUCAACACCGACAUGCAGUUCAGCACUAUUUCUUCUUUAACUGAACCAGCACCCAAGCCCAGCUGCUCCAAUGCUGGCCCCGCACAGGAUCACUUGCUCAACAUGCACAUUGUGGACAAUCGCGAGGCAACCACAGUGCGUCUGCCCAUCGAGCGACCACGCAGCUUCAAUAAUGCGCUCAAUGAAUCAAAGUUCGCUGAACUGGCGCUGGCAAGCAGCAGUUGUUUGUUGUUGGAUGAUGAGACUUCGCCCACAGACAGUUUGGUGAGCAGCACCGAGGAGGCGUCUGAGGAGGCGGGGGGCAAGCUGAAGAAGCACAAGCACAAUGCGGAGCUGCAGCAGAAGGACUUUGAUGUGGACAUCGAUGAUAUAUCUCCAGUGAUGGAGCUUGAACUCGAUCCCGGCAGUCGCAGUCCCCACUCCCCGGGCACGCCCACACACGCCUCCCAUUCGCUGUCACUGGGCUCGGACUGUGGCAAUCUGAUCGAUGACGAGAUCGCCGAUCAGCCCGCAUUGCUGUGCAACAGCGAGGCACAAGAGCUGGCCACCGACACGCCCACCUUGAUGGAGACACACACGCACACCCAAACGGGAUCGUUGCGUUCGCUCAAGAGUCAGUCCAAGGCACGCACAGCCCUGCAGCAGGCCAUCGAGUUGAGUCUGCGCACUCCGGCUGCAGUUCGUCGAGCAGUGCUGGAGAGCGCCGAGUCCCUGGACACUUUAUCGCCCUGUGAAUCGAUUUGCUCCGACGAUCUGAUGAUGGACUUUGAUAUGAACAGCAGCGUUGAUUCCAUCGAUCGCACCAUGUCGAUGCGCAGUCGCAGUGGCUCCGAUCUCCAUAAGCUGGGCACCGACAUCGAUCCCGAGCAGGCCGAGACGGAGGCGGAGUUGUUGUCGCAACUGGAGUGCAAGGGCAGCGAUGUGAUGAAGGAGCUCAACAGUUUGCUUCGCGUGCGCAUGCAACGCUCCACAGCGAGUCCCAGGGAGCGCAUCAGCGCCAAGUUGCCGGCACGUGCCACACGGCUGUUGAAUCGCUCGAGGUUGCAGGAUCAGCAGCAGCUCACCGGCAACGAUUCGGACAACAGUUUGCGUUCAACGCACAGCGGCGCCUCCGGUCGCAAGCGCAGCACAGCUGCCUCGCGUGCCUCCACCGCCUCCUCCACAUCGAGUCUGCAGCGUCGCCAGCAACAGCAACAGCAACAUCAGCAGCAACAACAACGUUCGCAACUUGCAACGGGUUCGAGACGCGGCACAGGCUACGGCAGCAACGCGGAGCUGCACAGCUCAUCGGACGAUCUGAUGUUGUAUGACAAGUCCUUCAGGAAUGCCAUGAUCCAGGAUGUGCUGCAGUUCAAGAAGCAGCUGCUGCGACUACGUCGCAUCCUUCAAGAGGAAGCUGAUUUUGAUUUGAAGCGGACGGAGACGCUGAAUCCCUUUGAGAAUGACAAUGUGCAACUGUUUGCCGCUUGUGGCUUGGAUAGCAAGCAGCUGAAUGACAUCGAUUUGGCCAGCUUGACAUCGUCCACAACGGAGGAUCCACUUCAGGAGUUAACCGAUCUACGUAGACAGGGUCAAGUGGAUGAUCGUGAUCGCACCAUACGCCUGCAGCGAGAUCUCAUCGAGCAGCUGGAGGCGGAGAAGCGUCAAGCGGCAACGGCUGGCAACGAAGUGACCAACAAGGAAUGCAUUAGCAUGGCCACCCAGACCGAGCGAACACGACCACUUGCCAUUGGUGCGGAGGGUUUGUCCAGAAGUAAGCCCGAAUACACCAGUUACACGACGCACUUUCCGGCGUUGCACUUGCAUUGCAAUGACUCGACGGUGGCUGCCACAACGAUCAUACGUCAUCACAAUCACAACAACAACAGCAACAACAACAACAACAAUUGUCGUGCCCUGAGUCAGACACGUCGACACACGAUCAUUUCAACGACGCUGACCAAUUACAAUCAGCAACUGGCAGCUGCCGCUUAUCCGCGUCGCGCUUCCAUCGCCUGGGAUGCCACCGAGACAGCGACACCAACGCCAACGACCACGCCCACAGCGGCAGUUGUCGCCCACAAGCCGGUGCGCAUAACACUGAUCGGUGAGCCGCUGCCAAUGCCGAAGUCGAAGCCGAAGUCGCAACAACAACAUCAACAGGCGAAGACGCGCUUCCUCAAUGGCGGCAGCUGCCAGAGCAACGGUCAGGGCAACCAUCAUCAUUAUCAGCCGUUAUACAACAGCAACAAGAUGACAAACCCAACCGUAACUAUAGUCUGAUUUAUAGAUAAACCUAUAUUACCCCCAACCGUCUACUGCAUUCUUCAAACUAUAUUCCUACAACAAACUGCGCACAAUUAUCUCUCGGCAGGCGCUUAACAAAGUAAGCUUAAAAAAAAAUAAAAUAAAAUCAUCGAUAGCAGAAAAAAUAACUUGGAUUAGUAUCGGCAUAGCAUAGCAUAUAAAAAGAAAAAACAAUACGCGUUAAUACAAUAGAAAAUAAUAUAAAAUAUGAAAAGUAUAUAAAGUAUAUCUAAAAUAAUCAUAGAAUACUAUAUGAUAUGAUAUUUUGUAAAAUGAAAUCCAAUAAGAAUAACAAAUGUUAUAACAUUUGAAUAUACUCUCAAAUCGUUUGCAGUCUUACCAAAACCAGUGAAAAACUUAAGAUAUAUACAUACAUUAAAAUUCCUUGAGCAUUAUAUACUCUUAUAUAUUAUAGCUCUUGGCAAUUAACAAAGAUUCUAUAAAAAAGACAAAUAAAAUUUCAACUUUUUUCUUAUAUAAA